AUGGGCCCACGCCCGGCUUCUGCCGAACCAAAUCGGCGUCGCCCGAGCGCAGCCCCAGAAGUGUCAGCAACAGGCCGCGCUGUUGCCGAAGGAGCAAGGAGGACAUACCUUCUUCCAUUCGGGCAGUCUGCAAGGCUACAUGGCUCCAGGGAUUCCUCGGAGAGACCUGCGCCGACACCCGCUUCUUUGGCGCCGACGGCCCUCUUGGACCAGCUGCGAACGGCAUUAGCCGCAGAGAAGCGGUCGAAGGCCGAAGCACUUCAGGCUUUGCAAAGCGAGAUGCAGGCACAGCUGCAAUCAGCGCACUGUCAAUUUCGGAACGAGCUUGAAGAGACCAAGGCGAUUUGGCGUGCCGAACUGGCAGCGCAGCAACGUGAACAAGAGGCCUGCACUGAAGGAUGGGAAUCGGAGGCCAAUCGGCAUGAAGCCGAGGUCAGGGCGGCACAGGGCUUUGAGGCGGAAGCCUGGGCAGCAAGCUCUCGGAAUGAGGACGUCAUCAGAGAUCUCAAAGAGCAGCUGGUUGAGAAAGAGGCUGAACUUCACAGAUCCCGUGUUGAGGCCCAGGCGGCGAUGGAAUCGAGCAGAGCUUUCGCACAUUUGGAGGCAGCAGCCGCGCAAGGCCAGCGACAUGAGAAGGAUGCUGCUGAGUUGCGCGUCGCACUCCAAGAAAUCGUUUGUUUUGCCAUCAUCGAAUCACGAGCAGAUGACGAUGUCCUCUCCCUGUGCAAGGACGCUCAGCUGGCGCUCUUCGAGGUGUGGCAAGACUUGAUGGAAUUGGAUCUUGCCCUCCUUGCAGUCCAUAUCCCUCCCGCACCCAGGCCUUGCAAGAGGCAUGAAAUCGGGAUACGUGUCAAGGGCGGCAACUCCUUUGGCCCCAGUGUCGGAGGAUGGACCUCCUUCCCCAGCGAGCGAGGCAACCGCUGGAUCUUUCAAAUGUAUUCAAUGUAUUCACGAGGCACUAUAGGAGCCGAAGGUGCAGUGAAGCGGACAGGUGUCGUGCAGCCAAUCUGGCUCCUGGUUGCACGGACAACCUUCCCGGCAGCCAAAAACGAAAUCAGCAAUGCAAUUGCAGAACCAAGACCCCAAAGCAAGCAAAACAUGAACAGCAUCAACCAGUGCUGGAUGCAGCAAGUGGUUAGCGGCAGGCAUGCAGAGCAAACCUUUUUUGGCUCAUCCCGGUACUGGCACUCCCGGCAUGCGGAGAGCAGUUUGAAGCUGCCGCACGCAAUGGAUCACAUGGAUCAUUGUUUCGAUGAGCAGGAGGCAGCAUUCGACGACGAAGCAGCUGCACAAGAAGUGCAGCUUCUGCAGAGGUAUCACCACUUGCGCCGGCCAUCGGACUGGUCACCCUUUCAGAAGGACUUGGCACUGACCCAUGUGCCAUGCACUUUCGGUCACAGCGUGGAGAUGGCAGGCUUGCAGCUCCCCCGCAACGACCUGACAAACUGGCUUAAGGUCUGGCAGUCCUUCAAGGCAGCAACUCCGCAGCAGGGCCUGGAUUUAAUGCGGUCCGCCAUGGCUCCGGAUGUUCCGCUGUGGGGCAUGAUGGAUCCGGUCUUGCGUGGCUUCUCAAAGCUGACCGGAUGCCAUCUGUACUAUACACCACCAAAGUAUUUGCCACGGGAUAUCGGGGAGCAAUACUACGGUAACAAGUCGGCGUUCACUUUUUUACGGGAUCCGUAUGAUAGAGCAGUGAACGAUUUCCGGGCGCAGGUGUUCGGCCUCGACUCGAUUUUCACUAUGAGCUGCCGACAAAAUACCUCCCUGAGGGAAGGGCACGCAGAGAGAGAAAGCGAGCAAUACCGAAGCUGGUACAGGACUUGCGACGUGAACUCCUACUUGAGAGCAGAGCUGCCUAAGGUGCUUGAAGGAGAUAUAUAUAGAGCUGAUUGCCAUUUCUUGCCCCAGGCGGAAUAUUUUGAGAACCCUUUUGCGAACACAACUGCCAUCGACAAUCGGAAAGUCCCGGAGUCGUUCAAUGCCCUCAUGGUGGAGCGUGGAUACUUCAAUGUUACAAUGCCUCACACACUGCACAACUACGUGUGCAAUAACAUCAGUGCAUACAGCUUGGCGGAGGAUGUGAAAGCUCUUGUCCGCAAGGUCUAUGCGAGGGACUUCGACCUCAUCUGCAGUUUGUUUGGGUACUGCGACAGGGAAGAGGUCACUUGCCUUGGCCAGAUUCCAAACAUGUGUGGCGGAAAGCCCGGCGUAAAUUCUCCGGCAUUCUCCGCAAAUGCAGACAAGGACGUCCGCUCCAAGUACUUCCCUGAGUGGCCAUGCGGGCAACCUGGCGCCUAG